UAAUCAAGACGGUGUUUCCAUCAUAUACACAAGAGGAUUCUGUUCGCCGCUACAAGACGGCCUUUCUCCGACGAUCAGCACCGUUAGAGAUUACUCUACGGCGAAGACGAUGGAGUCUACCGUAGCUCCGCUUCCUCACCGACGGUCGCAUCAACCGAAUCGAAGUUUUCGCUCUGUUCUUCAUCACCUCUGCUCGAGUUUCGAAAGUAAUAGCCAAAUAUCUCUCGCCACACCGGAUGUUCUCCGGGAGCUCGUCACUAGAACAGAGACGGCUCAAGCUUGCGAACCUGGUGAAGUUCUGCUGACGGAGAAUCCAUUGAUCCUUGAGCCAAGAUCAGAUGAAUUUAGAACUGAGAACGUGGAGACGGUUUCACUCGAAAAUAAUCUGAUGCUUGGAGAUGUUUUCGACGGAAUUGAUUUGCAAGAUGCAUCUGUUCGUAGCCAGCAUAAAGACUUUUUCGACGAGUUUGAGCUGAUUAUCAGUGGAAGUGGAGACUUUGCUUCAGAGAGUUGUGUGAAUCUAUGUGAGGCGUUGGAUGUUGAUGACUAUGGUGGUGGUGAUGAUGGUAUGGCCAAACAAGCGAUUGAUUUUGUUCAAAGUGUUCCGGAGAAGCCUAGUGUUGCAGAUGAGGUUCAGGUAGAUUCUGUAGUUAGGAGUAAGGAAGAGGAAGUUCCCAAAUUAGUUGGAGUUUUGGAGACUAAUGAUGAAGAGAUGGGACUUGUUACUAGUAGUCAGGUUUUGACAGAUUCUAUUCUUCAGAUGGUUGAAGAUGAUGACGAGGUUGAAGAAGGAGAGAUAUCUGGGGAUGAUGGUGAUUAUAAUAUGCUUGUAGGAGAUGAUUUUCCAAUGGAGAGGCACGUGGAGGAGACGCAUGUCUCACAAGAGGAUUUGGAUAAAAGAGGAGAAGGGACUAGUAGUAAGAGUACUUGUUUUGAGGUAGUGAAUGGUGAAACUGGAGUUAAGGAGAAUGAUCUAACUUCCAAAAACCAAGAACAGAUGGCUUCUCAAACUUGCAUAAAGAAAAAGUCUGUACCUUCUAAGGAAGCAAAAGCUAGAAAGAAGGCGAAAGCUCGGAAGAAAAGAGCUCAAGAGCGUAUAGCACUUGGCGUGAAGAAGUUGAAACUGAAGCCAGUAGCUCCCAAACCAAAACCUAUAAAAUAUUGUCGACACCAUCUCAAGGGACGGUGCCAUGAGGGAAAAGACUGCAAAUUUUCACACGAUAUAAUUCCGGAAACUAAAUCUUCGCCGUGCUGCUACUUUGCAACUCAGUCAUGCAUGAAAGGAGACGAUUGUCCGUUCGACCAUGAUCUGUCCAAAUACCCUUGCCACAAUAUCGUGACCAAAGGUUUCUGCCACAGGGGUGAUAAGUGUUUGUUUUCGCACAAGGGUACUCCACAAGCUGCUUCAGAUACACCGAGUGCAAAUAUAACAACCUUAUCAAGUAACAUCGCUGCAGCAUCUUGUUCGCCUCAGAAAUCAAAUAAACAAACCGUGAGACAGGCCAUAGCCAAAUUGCCGGCUAUUCAAGCAAGAGUUUCAAGUUCAGCUGCGUUUUUGAAGCCCUCUAGUCAACCCAACCAAAAGAACUCAUCUGAUGCAUCAUCUUCAAAGAUCAAUGAACAUGCAACACCUCCACAGAUUCCUCCUUUGAGAAACCCAUCCGUUGCUCCUAAGGGUAUGAGUUUUCUCUCUUUAGACAAAACCACACAAGAGAAGGAGGUCAAACCGUCUCUUGGGUCCAAGCAAAACACACAGAACUAUGAUAAUCAGAGCUUGAAGCAGUCACAACAGAUAAGCUCUGUUCCUCUGGUGGCUCCCAAAGGAAUCAGUUUCUUACCAUCUGCAUUGGAAGAACCAGCAAGUUGUAGUAAUCUCAAGACAACGCCUAACAUACACAUUCAAAGUUCUCUACACUCUGCCAUGAAACUCGCUGCAGAAUUCGAAUCUACUAAAGUUGAGAGACGCACAAAUGGCCCCGAAGAAGCUGUAAACAAGGGGGGCGUCACAGUUAACACUGUAACCAGAAACUCAGGGAACAUAUCGUCCAAGAUCCUCAACUUCUUGUCAAGCUUUAACCAUGGCAAAAACUGAUCUAUAUUUGGUUUCUCUUUGAGAUGAAAGAAAGAAAAACUAAACUCAGUGUUUAGUGCACUCAGGUCUGAAGCUGAAUCCUGCAAUGCAUCGUCAUCGAAACGCCUCCUCAUGUUUAGAAACAGGUUUCUACAGUUUUCUUUAUAUUUGCUAAUUAGAAGCUUGCACUCUUCCAUCUUAUUUCCCUUGUUAAUUUUACCCUUUUUUCCUUGUAAACACUUUAGUUGAUAUAGUACUUUGUUUAAGAAGAGAGUGAUCACUACAUAACCAUGUGCUUGACCUGUUUUCACCUAAACCAGUCAUUGUCCUUGUUCCUUUUUAUUUUUCUUGUUGGUUGGUUAAGAAAUGGUACUUGCUCUUUC